CAAACCACCAGCAUGGUGCGAUGUGGCUAAACUAAAUGAUCUGACCCCUCAAAUCACUUUACAUGAUAGAUGAACUGUAGGUCGUACGUACACUGCCUCAGUUGUUUCACCUGCAGGUUCGCUGGUAGAAGAUCUAACUGGGCUGUUUGUGACCUUGAUGGCUGACAUUGACGGGAUGUUUUCCAUGUGGAACAUCUCCGUGUGCUUUGGACCUCAGUGUUUCUGGUUCCUGUGUUCUGUCUCAGCAGGCGCUCCUGCAGCGGGAUUCUGACGGAGUAAUGACCCCCGGCAACAAUACCAGAGUGUUACGAUGAUAUGUGUCACAAAGAUGUCCACACGCGGCUGCCAGGGAACAGACUCGCUCAUCAAGCCCCUAGACACCAUCCCUGAAGACAAGAAGGUGAGAGUUCAGCGCACACAGAGCAGCUUCGACCCGUUUGAGAAGCCCACCAGCCAGGUGAAGAGGGUCCACUCAGAGAACAAUGCCUGCAUCAACGCCAAGAGCUCGUCUAGCGGCAAAGAGUCGCCAAAACUACGCAGACACUCCAGCCCCAGUUCACCCACAAGCCCCAAAUUUGGAAAAGCAGAUUCUUAUGAAAAGCUGGAAAAGCUGGGAGAGGGAUCCUACGCGACAGUUUACAAAGGAAAGAGCAAGGUGAACGGGAAGCUGGUGGCUCUGAAAGUGAUCCGACUGCAGGAGGAGGAGGGAACGCCCUUCACAGCCAUAAGAGAAGCAUCACUCCUCAAAGGCCUGAAGCACGCCAACAUCGUGCUCCUCCACGACAUCAUCCACACCAAGGAAACGCUGACUCUGGUCUUCGAGUACGUGCACACGGACCUGUGUCAGUACAUGGACAAACAUCCUGGAGGCCUUCAUCCAGACAAUGUGAAGCUGUUCCUGUUCCAGCUGCUGAGAGGUCUGUCCUACAUCCAUCAGCGGUACAUCCUUCACCGAGACCUGAAACCACAAAACCUGCUCAUCAGUGACACGGGGGAGCUCAAGCUGGCUGAUUUUGGCCUUGCCAGAGCCAAAUCUGUCCCCAGCCAUACCUACUCCAACGAGGUGGUGACUCUGUGGUACCGGCCUCCAGAUGUCCUGUUGGGAUCCACCGACUACUCCACCUGCCUCGACAUGUGGGGGGUGGGGUGCAUUUUCAUCGAGAUGAUCCAAGGAGUGGCUGCCUUUCCUGGAAUGAAGGACAUCCAGGACCAGCUGGAGAGGAUAUUCCUGGUCCUCGGGACGCCAUCUGAAGACUCCUGGCCGGGCGUGACCUCCCUCCCUCACUUCAAACCAGAUCGCUUCACAGUCUACAGCCCCAAGAAGCUCAGGCAAGCCUGGAACAAGUUGGGCUACGUAGACCACGCUGAGGAGUUGGCCUCCAGGUUCCUCCAGUGCUUCCCAAAGAACCGUCUGUCAGCACAGGCAGCGCUGAACCACGAAUACUUCAGCAACCUUCCUCCACGGCUCUGGGAGCUUCAGGACAUGUCUUCUGUCUUCACGGUACCAAACGUCAAGCUGCAGACGGAGAGCGGCGACAGCAUUCACGUGUGCGCACGAAAGAACAGCCACGGCAAGGCCUCGUCUGGCAGCAAGCACUGACCCGGGGCGGCAUCCUGCACACAGCUGCAUGACAGGUGGCUGAACUACAAACAAGAUGGAGAUGCUGACAUGAAGAGGAGCCCUGGUUCUCUAUUUAUUACUUUGAUGGUGUGUGUGUGUGGCGUGUGCAUGAGAAAGUGAGUGAGCGUUGAGCAUGUGUACAUUCAGAGCUGUACCUAAGACUUCAGGCUUUUAUUUGCAAUUUUUGUUUACUUUUUAUAAGAUUCCAAUAACUCAUAUAUCCUGGUCACCGUGUAAACAAAAGAACUUCAUUAUUGGUACAUAUUGUGUUUUGUGUUUGUAACUAGCCUCCUAUUUAAGAAUGUAUAUUUGAUGUAUGACAUAGUCACUUACAGAGUCUAUAGGGAACACACACACACACACACACACACACGGAGCAGCAAUAGUCCAAUCAGCCAAUCCUAAAGAAUCUGUAAAGCUUGUCUGAGUUUAGGAAGUGGCCUGUAUUUGGCACAGCACCUCAUGGUAAUAAUAAUAAUGAUGAUGGUACUCGUGGUGAGCUACUUUGUAGCCACAGCCGCCCUGGAGCUGUCUGAAAGAGGCGAGGCUGCCAUUUCUCACCAUCGAUCCCUCUGACCACCAACAGGUGUCUUGCCCAAGGACACAACAGCAGAGUACCUUGGAGGGAGCUAGAAUUGAACCGGCAACCAUCUGAUUACUGGACAACCUGCUUUAGCUCCUGAACUACUGCUGCCCCAAGGCCCUUUACAAUACAGCUAUUCACCCAUUCACACGCUGGUGGUGAUGAGCUACGAUGUAGCCACAGCUGCCCCGGGGAACACUGACUGAGGCCAGGCUGCCGUGCAGACACCACCCAUCCCUCCUACCACCACCAGCAGGCAAUGACUGACGUGUUGUAAAGUGCCUUGGGGGGUUGUCAAACUCUAGAAGGUCCUAUAUGAAUACAGGCCAUGUCCCAUGUCAGCAGAGCAUCAGUCUGUCCCUGGGGAGUUUCUUUGAGAGCAAGGGCUUCUUCACUGCCCCCCUGUACUUCAGACCAUCCUGCACGUCUUCUCCUCACUGAGGUCCAGAUGUGGAGCCCUGAUCCCACAUCUGGACCAGAAUUAGGAGGCGUUCUGGUGCGGCUGGACCUUCAUGGGGACCUGAAGUCUUCUUCACCUGUGUAGUGGAAGUUAGUUUUGUGACAAACAGGGACUUUAAUAAUCUUCAGAGCAUUCUGGACGUCAUACAAAUGACCACGACAGAACGAGAGACAACAGGCUUUGUGAUGAUCAAUAUUUGGCUCGCUCUCUGGUCCAUGAUUGGACGUUCUACAGCUGGCAUUACUUCGGUUGGUUUGAUCGUACGUAAACGGUAUUUAGAAUUAUAUCCUUCAGAUUUCUCAGUCUUCAUCGAUAGUGGCUCAAAAGACCAAGUUGAACAAAGAAGCUUUCCGUUAACAUUUGGAUGAACUUUGAUGUUUUCUAGAAUCCAGCAGGAUCACGUGACCUUGUCUAAACUGCAGCUUUUUAUGGAUGGUGUCAUGGAGAAGGCUAGGGGUCGUGGACCUCCAGGAUGGAGCCGGAUGUGGAUAACUUGAGUUUUCUUUCUUAGAGACCAAUAUGGUGUUGACACUGCAGGGACAGCACAUCCAGUGUGCAUAUAAGUGCAAUACUGCAACCGACCACAGCUAAGUCUGGUGGUAAUGAGUGUGCACGGUGGACAUGCAGGCAAUAGCUAAGUAUUUGUGCUUCCAUCUACAACUAUGAGCUAAUGGACAUACAGGUAAAACAGCAAGGCAAUAGGCUGUAAGCUCCCAGCUCAGAACACACCUUCCAUGGUUCUGACAUGUCAAAAACAACAAACAUGAUCAGUCUCAGCAAUACGUUUUCAGCUUCUGAGUCAAACGUGUCGACUGUUCCAGAGUUGUCUUCACCUGACCAAUGAGCAGAAGGCUGGGUGUAGAUGCACGCUGUAUGCUUUCAUGCCGAGACUCUUCCUUUGACCUACAAGUCCUACAUGUUUCAGAACCUUUAACUGAACGAGGUCCUGAGUAUAGCAUCAUGUCAUCUGCAAAGAUGUUUAUAUAGAGGUUUCUUUUAAUGUUUUGUGUAAAACUGCUAAAUAUUGCAUUCUAGAUAUUUGGUAAUAAUUGUGAAGUACUAUCAGUUCAAUGGCUCUGACCUUGCCAAUCCUUUUGAAAUCAACUGAAACAAUAAUAUUGGCCUUGUACUGUUGAUUAUCCAGAAAUAAGGCUGCUAACGUGAAGCCGUGGAUAGAUGGACACUGUGGAUGUUUAUUUUGUGAUUCAGAAACACACACACACACACAUGAUGUAAUCUUCUUGCCUGACAGAAUACCCCCCCCCCCCCCCUCUUGCUAUACCAAGAAUAACACCCCCACCCCCACCCACAGACUGUUUUUGCUAUUGAGAGUAGCAGGUUUUUCGUGGGUUUCUUGAUCUUUUGUUGGACUUCAUCAGCACUCUUUAGGCUCAGAAUCCCAGAUCCGGGGAAUCUCACCAUUCCCGUUGGUGAUGCUGUCACAACUUCAGACCUUUUCCAAACCCUGCAGCUUUGGACAAAAAGCUCAUUUUACACAAAAACAACAGUGUGCUGGGAUUUAAAAUGUAGAAAAAUAUGUUUAAAAAACUGAGAAAUUUCCCUUCAGACAAUAAAAAGAUUGUAGAACAGGUGAGGAAGCCCCGCCUUCUCAGGUAGUUGUUCCAGUAGAAACACCAAAACUGGACUUUUCCAUGAAUGAACUGGUGUUCUGAUGACUUUGAUGGUUCUUACCAGUCAUGGUUUAGGUCGGAAGUCCCUUCCCAGGCUUUAGCUACAUCAUCUGUUGAUGAAAGCAGGAAGCGGGUGUAAUGGCUGCUGCCCUGCAGACAGCCCACUGAUAGCAGGUUGUUCUUCAUUCCUUUAAGUUCAGAUAGAAAUAUUUUAUUCAAAACUAAAAAAAAAAACAAGCGCCACAGCUCGUUCUGCGACUGGCUCCAUCGUAUUUAGUUUAAUCCACAAACACAUCUGGUCCAGACUCGAUGAUGUGCAACAGCAUGUGCUGCUGAGCAAAUGAAGCAGAAUGUUUGAAACCUCCCGUGUGAGAGAAGGAACGAGGAACCCUCUCACACACGGCAUCAUUCCCCUGAACUACAGAACACUGUCUCCCGGGAAUGGGUUGGACCGGGAUGCUGACCCUGUUGGGCUGGUUGUGUCCACAGAGGAGGGAUGAUCCUUCUCGUUGUGAGGUGCUUUCUCACGGCGCGCUCCGCUCUGCUUUUCUAACCGUAGAGGCUCUGAGGUAGAAGAAACCAUCACAGCUAAAUUCUCCCAGAAGGCACGUUAGAGAGAAAUGUGUUGGCCAUACAGUCCAGCCUGCAUGGUCACUGUCAUGCUCUGGAGUUUCCCUAAAUGAUAAACGCUUAAAUAUUAAUGUCGUCUCGCUGCGUCUGAUGCAGAGCCGUAAAACUCAUCUCUGGAUUUGGACCUUUACCCAAAUGAAGAACCAGUAGACCUGCUGUACUUCUCUUUAGUGUGCCCCCCCCCCCCCCCCCCCCAGGCUGUGAUUGUGCAGCAGGAAAGGGGAGGAGAGGCGGUGGGUAAUGCCGCUAAGCAGCGUGACAGAAGAGGGUUAAUACCACGGAGCUGUGCUCGGAUGGCCUAGCCUCCAGUGGCGUACCGGAUCGCGGACAGUAUUAGCAGCUGAAUCAUUAUUUUGGGAAUGUUGCCCCCCCCCCCCCCCCCCCCAACUCCACUCCUCCCUGAAGCUUCUGCAGCUUCUGUUGAUCAUUGAGAUUUUUGUGUUCUGUGGCUUUAAAUUCUGUUCCAGCUUGAAUGUUGGCCAGAUGCUUUCCACAGUCCAGUCAUCAGGAUGUUGGAGAACGAGCCUCCGUGGAGGGAACAGGUGAUGUCUGCACUACGGUUCAACACAGGGUAGUGCCGCCUUAAUGCUAGAGAGGUGGUAGGAUCGAUUUUGGGCGUUCCUUGUGUGGACAUGGGUGGUCUGACCUUGAGAUGAACACCAUAGUGGGCUCGGCUAUGACUGAAACAAAGCUCUUCAGCUAUUUUAGUUUCCUUUACGCUGCACUGAAAAACAAGUGAGGUCAGUCACUUCAUCCAGAGACGAAGCCUAGCUGUUGCAUUUUCCGUUACUACCUGUGUGUGAUGUUAUUAUAGAAGAUGUAAUGUCCUUCUGUAAAUGUUUAAUGUUGUUUUAACUGAAAUAAAGUUUAUUAAUGCUUCA